AUGGCCCACGUAGUUGACGACAAGUCCCCGAUAUGCAUCCCCUUCAUCCUGGACCGCCUCCAGGCGCAUAAGGCCAACAACCCCGACAAGCCCUUCAUCAUCGGCAUCAACGGCGUCCAGGGCAUAGGCAAGACGACCCUCGUAAAGGCUCUCGCCACGACCCUGAGGGAACGGGAGGGCCUCCCGACCCUCGUCGUCAGCAUCGACGACUUCUACCUCCGGCACGAGGACCAGCAGGCCUUGGCCGAGGCGCAUCCGGACAAUGCGCUCGUGUCCUGCCGAGGGGAACCAGGCACGCACGACAUGGCCCUCGCCAAGCAGUUCUUCGCGGCCAUCACCAGCGGCCAGCAGGCCAAAAUCCCGCAGUACGACAAGUCGGCGUACUCGGGCCAGGGCGACCGGGUGGCCGAGGCGGCGUGGGAGACGGUCAACGGGCCGGGGCAGGCGCGGGUGCAGGUGGUGAUCUUCGAGGGGUGGUGCGUGGGGUUCCGGGCGCUGGCGGACGGCGAGGUCUCGGCGCGGUGGGCGGGCGCGAGCCGGACGCUGCGGCGGCACCGGCCGGAGCACCUGCGGUUCGUCAACGAGCGGCUGCGCGGCGGCUACGACGACAUCACGCGCCUGUUCGACGCCUUCGUCCACAUCGACGCCGAGGACACCGGCUACGUGUACGACUGGCGGCUGGAGCAGGAGGUCCGCCUGCGGGAGGAGCGCGGCACGGGCAUGACGGACGAGCAGGUCGUCCGCUUCGUCGAUGCCUACUAUCCGGCGUACGAGUUGUUCUCGGACAAGCUCAGGGAGGGGCUGUUCCCCGGGAAGCCCGGGCAGCAGCUGAGACUGGUCGUCGGCAAGGACAGAAAGGUGAAGCAAACCAUCUUCAUUUGA